AUGGCAAGGUGCCCCAAGCAAAGGAAGAAGGCAGUCAUAGCUGCGAUUUCCAUGUACUUGGAGCUUUUUUUCAAUUUCAUCAAGCUUGUUAUCAAUUAUUAUGACGCAUUAGCAUCUGAACGUGUGCAAAGAAUAGAACAUGUGUCUGCUUGGGAGACACCUAUUGCUAGACAGUUAGCUAGAAAAUCUUUCAUGCGAUGUAUUGUUUCCCACGGCGACGUAUCUUGCACUAUGCUAGUUAGAAUGAACUGUAUGACGUUUCAGAAACUUUGUAAGCUUCUUAGGGAUCGCGGAGGCCUUAGAUGUACUUGGAACAUCGAAAUAGAUGAGAUGGUGGCCAUCUUUCUUUACACCAUAGCCCAUAAUGAGAAGAAUCGUCAGCUGCAGGUCACCUUCCGUCGUUCAGGAGAAACCAUAUGUAGGGUCAUCAAAACUGUUCUUCAUUCGGUUUUGAAACUGCACUCUAUAUUACUUCGUAAACCCACGCCCGUUCUCGAGAAUUCUGAUGAUCCGAAAUGGAAGCACUUCAAGAAUUGUCUUGGCGCACUUGAUGGAACAAUAGUCACUGUACGUGCAACAAAAGAGAAUCAAGAAAGAUAUCGUACUCGAAAGGGAACGAUUGGAAUGAAUGUUCUGGGAGUUGUUAAUCAGAAUUUGGAAUUCAUUUACUGUUUGGCGGGUUGGGAAGGGUCUGCUCAUGAUGGGAGGGUUUUGAGAGAUGCCCUUAUUAGGCCAAAUGGUUUAAAAGUUCCUAAAGGUUUCUAUUACUUAUGUGAUGCUGGCUACAGUAAUUGUGAGGGGUUUUUGUCCCCUUUUCGAGGUCAACGUUAUCACCUAAAAGAUUGGGACGGGAGACGGCCAAGAACCCCUGAAGAAAUGUUUAAUAUGAGACAUUCAACAGCAAGAAAUGGCGUAGAGAGAGCAUUCGGCAUACUGAAGAUGCGAUGGGCAAUCUUAAGAGAUACCACCUGGUUUUCAACAAAAAUGGUAACAAAGAUAAUCAAUGCAUGUUGCUUGCUGCAUAAUUUCAUACGUGGAGAGGUUGGUGCCGAUGUGUUCGAAAGGUUGUAUAUUGACGAAGAGGAAGACGACGAAACAGACGUUGUGGACGAGGAGCUUAUACUCCAUAUCCAACCCUCUGUAGAAUGGUCAGAGUUUAGACAAAAGUUGGCUCAAGAUCUGUGGGAUGCUAGGAAUUGGGCUACUAACUGA